CAGCCUAUCCCAAAAAAGUGGAAAACAGUUUAAUCUGCAAAUUUCACGGAACACGACAAAUACCACUCAAAUGGCAGUCGCACGACCACCAGGUCUUGAUUUAGAUAAAAGCUGGCCUGAAAAUUCGGAAUGCCUCACCCUGGAUUUCGGUCCAGCGGAAACUGUUCAUUGUUGGAAGCAGAUGCCAGAGUGCGCGGAAUUUGUUGGAGCUAGAAGGAGCAAGCACACAAUGGUCUGUUACAAGGAAGCAGUCUAUGUGUUUGGUGGGGACAACGGGAAGAAUAUGCUGAAUGAUCUACUGAGAUUCGAUGUAAAGGACAACUCAUGGGGAAGAGCAUUUACCACGGGUCUUCCCCCGGCACCUAGAUACCACCACUCGGCAGUCGUUCACGAGGGGAGCAUGUUUGUGUUUGGUGGCUACACUGGUGACAUCCACUCCAACUCCAAUCUUACCAACAAGAAUGACCUGUAUGAGUACAAGUUUGCCACUGGCCAGUGGGGGCAAUGGCGCAUAGAGGGCAGAAAACCAGUGGCUAGGGCUGCCCACGGAGCAGCUGUCUACAACAACAAGCUGUCCAUAUUUGCGGGCUAUGACGGCAAUGCUCGACUCAAUGACAUGUGGACAAUACCACUCACAGGCAGUGGUGACAUCCGUACUUGGGAAGAGGUUAGACAGAAAGGUGACAUUCCACCAACUUGCUGCAACUUUGCGUUGGCUGUGGCUCGAGACUCAAUGUUUGUAUUCUCUGGACAGAGUGGCGCCAAAAUCACCAAUAACCUGUACCAAUUCUCUUUCAAAACUAAUGUUUGGUUGAAGAUCUCGAUGGAGCACAUUUUACGGGGGUCCCCACCUCCCCCAGAGAAGCGGUACGGCCAUACAAUGGUUGCCUUUGACAGACACCUGUACGUGUUUGGGGGAGCCACAGGACAGACCCUCCCCAAUGAUCUGCACUGUUUUGAUCUGGAUUCCCAGACCUGGUCUAUAACAGAGCCUUCUGCAGACAGCAAUAUCCCACUAGGUCGGCUCUUCCAUGCGUCUGCUGUUGUUAACGAUGCCAUGUACGUGUUUGGAGGCACGGUAGACAACAACAUCCGCAGCGGAGAGAUGUACCGCUUCCAGUUCUCCAGCUACCCCAAGUGCACGCUGCAUGACGACUAUGGAAAACUGCUAGAAAACAAGCUGUUCUGUGAUGUAGACUUCAUUGUUGGAAAGGAUAAAGUUAAGAUCCCUGCACACAUUGCCCUGGUUGCUGCCAGAUCACCCUGGUUACAGGAGAAGAUUCUUCAGGCAAUGACUCUGAUGUCUGUUCCUCUCCGUGUGGAGAUUGAAGACACAAACCCACAGGCGUUUCAGCUGGUGCUGGCGUACAUCUACACGGACCGUAUCCACCCGUGCCGCCUCCACACCCAGCAAGAGCUCUCCUGCAUCGAGGUCACAUCUCUCAUGAUGGAUGUAUAUAGGCUCGCACAGAAGUUCAACAUGCUGCGCCUGGAGCAGUUGUGUGUUCAGUACUUGGAGGCCUUCAUUGGCAACAACAAUGUGCUGGUCGCCCUGCAGAAUGCUGCACUGCUGCAACUGGACUUCCUAAAGGAGUACUGUUUGAAGUACAUAGUGAAGGAGUGCAACUACAACGAGAUCAUCAUGAGCGAGGAGUUUGAGCGGCUGGAGCAGACCCUCAUGGUGGAGGUCAUCCGGCGCAAGGCCCAGCACCAGGGGAGUCGAGCCUGCGCCGAGCCACACUUCGACACCGUCUACACCAACAGCCUACAGAAGGACAUGGAAGAUUUCCUGAAGUCAACGGGCCGAGAGUUCUGUGACAUCACUCUCAUGUUGGGCAAUGAAGCGAUACGAGCCCACAAAGCCGUGCUAGCUGCCAGGUGUACAUACUUCGAGGCCAUGUUCCGUUCAUUCAUGCCGGAGACCAACACAGUCACUAUAGCCAUAGGGGAGAUGGUCCCGUCAAGACAGGCGUUCGACAGUCUGCUACGCUACAUCUACUAUGGAGAUGUGACCAUGCCCCCCGAGGAUUCCUUAUAUCUCUUCCCAGCCCCUUAUUUUUAUGGCUUUACAAACAACAGACUGCAGGCCUACUGCAAGCACAAUCUGGAGAUGAAUGUCACAUGUCAGAAUGUGGUCCAGAUCCUUGAGGCAGCAGACCGUAUCCAAGCAACAGACAUGAAGAAGCAUGCACUGAGGAUCAUAGUGCACCACUUUCCCAAGGUUGCCAAGCUGCCCCAGAUAUCUAGGCUGAGUCGUGAGCUUUUGUUGGACAUCUUGCAAGCCAUUGCAGAGGACAUGUCAGAGACACGCUUCACACACGAUACUGCACUGUGCAGUCUCACUGACUCGUUUUACAGCUGACAGGUCUGUCACAGACUGACUGACUCGUUUUGCAGCUUGCAAAUCUGUCAGUCUCACUGACUCGUUUUACAGCUGACAGGUCUGUCACAGGCAGAUGGAUUCUUUGAAGUUUUACAGAUUCCUAGCUGUCUAAUGGAUGCCGGACAGUCUGACUGAUUCCUGGUAGUCCAAUUCAAAAGGCCAAAAUCUUUUGUGUUUCUGGCAGAUUUUUCUGACAGCUGAUUGGUUCAUAUUUAAUGUUGGUCUUUUCCAUUUCUGUCACAUAAGUUGGGUGGGAAUUAGUAAGGAAAUAAUUUCAAAAGUCAUUCUUCCCUGAACACUGAUUUAAAUGCGGCAGGUUUUAGUUAUGAGCACAAGUAUGCACCUGCAACCUCUAAAAUAAGAAUAGCUCGCUUAGGAAACUGAAAGUAGUAGAAACUGACGGAAAGAAGGUUACCAAACAGCUGUGAUAUGAUUGAAAUGGUGGUGCAAAUGUGAACAAAGCCCCAAAACAGAUUAUUUUCAGCAACUUUAUCAGGGGAGUAAUAGUUGCAAAAGUAAGGAUAUGGAUUAAUUGCCUCAUUCAAUUGCUGUAGUCUGUGAUUUACAGAGGUUACAGCCAUUGUGAAGCAUUCAGGAUUAAUAUCAGUUAGUUAUUGUA